AUGGCUACUGAGAGCAAUGGGGCUCCGCUAGGAGCCCCAGCAUUGCAGGACGGGACCAAGAGCGCACCAGCCCCAAGCAACACUCCCGCCGUCGCCACCAGUCAAGAGAAGCUCACUCCUGCGCAGUUGAAAGCCAAGGCAAAGGCUGAGAAAGCGGCAAGGCGGGCACAAGUAAAAGAAGCCAGAGCAGCCGCUGCGUCAGCCCUGCCGACAGCACAAGCGGGUGGCACGGGUGCGGACGCAAAGGGGAAUAAGGGCAAGGGAAAACAAGAUGGACAGCCGGGGCCAGGGAAAGGUGGGCAGGUGCAAGCACAUCAGUCAUCAGUGAGCGGGCGCCGGCCGUCCAUGCCGGCGGUUGAAAAGGAUGCUAGGAGUGGAAUCCCCGAAUGCUUCAGCCAUGUGCCCAUGGCCAAGCGGAUCCAAACCUCCCAGGCGCAUAAGGACGUACACCCUGCUGUGCUUGCAGUCGGCCAGCAGAUGGCUACCUUCGGUCUGAAGGAUAGUAUCUCCCGGCUUCAGGCUACCAUGCUGGCGUUCCGGAAGGUGAUUGAAUCGUACGAGACGCCCAAGGGGAACUCGUUAUCUCGGCACUUUGUCCCUCACGUCCUGAAUCCCCAGAUCGAGUACCUCACCGAGUGCAGGCCAAUGUGCUUCGCCAUGGGUAACGCCAUUCGACUGCUCAAGGCCAAGGUCAACAAAUUUGACAUCAACACUCCUGAGGAUGAAGCAAAGGAGGAACUUCUUGAAUGGAUCGACUACUUGCUUCACGAGCGGAUCGCUUUGGCCGAGUUUGUCAUUGCGCGGAAUGCAGCUCAGUCAAUCAACGAGGGCGAUACCAUUCUCACAUACGGUUGGCACCGGCUAGUCGAGAAAACACUCAUCCGAGCGAAGAAAAGCGGCAAGACGUUUGGUGUCACCAUCAUUGACGAUCCUUAUGAGCGUGGCGGCCAAGAGCUCGCCAAGAGGCUCCGGCAAGUGGGCAUUGAGGUGCUUUAUUCUCCCAACCUUGGUGGUCUACGACCCAAGGUGGCGGCGGCGUCGAACGUCUUUCUUGGGGGGGAGGCCAUCUUUGCCAAUGGUUCGCUCAAUGCACCUUCUGGAACGGCCGACGUGGCCAUGGCGGCCAUGAAUGCGGGCACCAAGGUGAUUGUGCUCUGUGAAACCAUCAAUUUCGACCGGGAGCGCGUGUCAGUGGAUGCGCUGACAUACAAUGAAAUCGAUCCUGAGAGGAACACGGCCGACAAUUUUCGGUUGCUGUUCGAUAACACCCAUGAUAAGUAUAUCACGGGCGUCAUCACCGAGUUUGAGAGCGGCGGCGGGAACUCACCCGCCCAAGCCAUCCUGGCGCUGCUAAGGAAACAGGAAGACCCUCUCAUCGCCUGA